AUGGCUGGUAGAGGUGGUCGGGCGGGAACAUUCUCUAAAGGUGGGAAGGGAGACAGUAGAGCGGUCACCGUGCCUGCAAUGGAACCUCCAAAGAACGAAGAUGCUGACUGCAAUUUUAGUCAUUUGAAUUCGGUGAUCAGAACUGAAGACGAAGUGAAUGCACUCAUACUUUCCAUUAUAGUCGGUGCCAUACUCUUCAUCGGAUUAUGUCUCAUAGUCUCCAAACGUGCAUAA